AUGCCUUUUGCUGCUGGUGACGCCGGAAAGGGUGCUGGUCUCUUCAAGACCCGCUGUGCUCAAUGCCAUACUCUCGGUGCUGGCGAGCCUCAUAAAGUCGGUCCUAACCUCCACGGGCUCUUUGGCCGUAAGAGUGGAACCACCGACGGUUUCUCGUUUACCGCCGCCAACAUCAACAAGGGCGUAACGUGGGACGAGAACACCCUAUUUGAAUACCUAGAGAACCCCAAAAAGUACAUCCCUGGGACCAAGAUGGCCUUCGCUGGUCUCAAGAAGGACAAGGAUCGUAAUGACCUGGUCACGUACUUGAAGGAGGCGACCGCUUAA